CGACUCCGAGCGGGGCUGAAGGAGGAUGUGGACCCCGCUGCGGGGACGCGCGCCGGGCUGGAUGCUCGCGUCCAGCCGCCUCUGCUCCCGGAGGCUUCUUCGGCGCUCACGAAGCCUCCUCCCAUGAAAUCCGGAAGCGGCGGAGCGCGGCGGAAAGCGGCCGGAGACGGAGAGCAUGCACUGGCGCGUCGGCUCGGCCUGGACGCGGCCGCCGUGUGUUGUUGUUGUUGACCGGAGCUUCUCCUGCGGCCUGCUGGAGGACCGGCAGCUGUCGUUUUAUGGGUGCGUGAUCGCGCUGCCGGUGAACGAGCGCGGCGGGAUGAUGUCCGCGCUGGGAUCGGACUCGUGGUGGAAGAAGACGCUGUAUUUGACCGGAGGAGCCCUGCUGGCCGCUGCUGCUUAUCUGCUGCACGGACUCCUGGCCAUCAGAAAGGAGGAUGAGCUGGACUCUCAACAUGCCAUCAUCCUCCACCAGUUCUCCAGACCCAAAACUGGCGCCCCCUCCUUGUCCCCUUUUUGCCUUAAAAUGGAGACCUACCUACGCAUGCUGGACCUGCCUUACCAGAACUACUUUGAUGGGAAGCUUUCACCACAGGGAAAGAUGCCGUGGAUUGAGUACAACCAGGAACGGGUGAGUGGUACUGAAUUCAUCAUCGACUUCCUGGAGGAGAGGCUGAGCGUGAGCCUCAACAAGAGCCUGACGCCGCAGGAGAAGGCCAUGUCUCGUGCAAUCACCAAAAUGGUGGAAGAGCAUUUCUACUGGACAAUCGCUUACUGUCAGUGGGUGGACAACCUGGAGGAGACCCAGAAGAUACUGUCAAUAAGCAGACCACUGAGUGACCUACUCAGAUGGAUCCUGAGUCACCUGACCGGCGGGAUUGUAAAGAGAGAGAUGUACGGGCAUGGGAUUGGACGAUUCUCCAGAGAGGAGGUUUAUGCGCUGAUGGAGAAGGACAUGCGAACUCUGGCCAUUCUGCUAGGUGAUAAGAAGUACAUUAUGGGCUCCAAACUUUCAACAGUAGAUGCUACAGUGUUCAGUCACCUGGCCCCCGCCAUGUGGACGCUGCCAGGCACUCACCCCGAGCGCCUGAUUAAAGGUGAGCUGAUCAACUUGGCCAUGUACUGUGAACGUAUUCGCCGGAGAUUCUGGCCCGAAUGGUUCGUAGACCUGGAGGACUUGUGCUACGAUGACGCCAAUGUCUGCAGCAACUCGCCCUCUAAGGGAGCUGAUUUGGGCCUCUAUUCCUGUACGGACACUUUCCAAGAUGAUAUGCGUAGUUGUCCUUCACACACUCGCACAUCUACAGACCUGCACUCGCCUCCCGCGUCUGACAGCGACCCUACAGGCCACUCGCUGUAUGACUCCGACAUGGACACGGAGGCCUCUGAAAUAGACCCGCUCAAGUGUUGACAAAACAGACAUGGACACUUGUAGUGCAUCCUGGGAAUAUAUACGCCAGUACUGGGAACUGCAUCCCAUUUGUACACAGGAGAAGACGUUGCCAUUUGACUUGAACGCCAUAGUUAAGAAAUAAUAGGAGACAAUAAUAAUAGGAGGAAGUAGAACCAGGAAAUCAGAUCUGAUAGUAGAACCAGGAGUAAAUGACGCCAACACUGAGAAACUCCACUUGGUCACUGCAACACCUCAAAGCCUCAUGCAUGUGGACCAACUGAACCUAUAGUUUGUGCAACAUAUAUGUUGGGAGUAGUACAGGAAUUAUACGAAUGAAUAUUGCUGUGUGUGAAUACAUACGAGUUCUCAGAGUUGUUUGCUAGAAUAUUUGAUUAUAAUUCUAUAAAUACUGUACCAUAAAGGGUCUACAAAUACAGAAUCAUCCCCAUCAUUACAUAGUGUAAAUACUGUAGGACGUUCUCUGUAGAAAUAUCCUUAUUUUUUGAAGAUAAUUACCAAAUACUCAACUGCAUUUGGCUAACUAUGCUACACGUUUGUAGGUGUGACUCAGCAGUACAGUAAACUGCUAGCACUUUGAAAUUAGUGCAUGUUUUCUUAUAAUUCAAAUCUGGCAGGGCUAGAAGGAUAAAAGGAAUAAAUUAUUCCACUAUGAGCAAACAGGAAGUACUGUACAUCCAACAGGAUUGCAGCUAUCAUAUUAGCUAGCAGUGAUAGCUACUGUACCUCAGCAAAUUUUUAAAAUUCAGCCCCAC